AUGAUGUUACAGAGCCCGGGUGAGGCAAAAGCUCUUUACUCCAAGGAUAAGCCAAAUAACGAAAACCUCAGCGGUUUCAAGAUUAUCAAGCUUCCACUGGGGCGAAAAGGAUUUUCAAUUCAACACUGUUCCGCAAAGUAUGAGAAGUACCUAGAGGCAGGCUCAAAGGCCGUCGCACAGGAGUACUUCAACAUGCUUCUUGAAGGACAUCAGACUAUUCGACAAGUAUUGCUGUUACUGCGCGACAAUCCCGGUGAUGUUUUCCUCAUCCACUGCUCUUUGGGAAAAGACAGAACUGGCAUCAUUUUCGCGAUCCUCCUUUCGUUGGCUGGUGUCCCUCACGACGUCAUAGCAUCAGAAUACAGUUUAAGUGAGGUAGCUUUACAGUCACUUCUGCCUAAGAUUGCCGAAAUAGUGAAAUCAUCUGCAUCGCCCCGACCCACUACCGCAGAAGCUCUACGGAUAGCGCACGGGGUGAUAACAACAACCAAGGAUGCAAUGUUUCUAACGUUGGAAAAGCUGGAAGCAACUUUCGGUAGCACUGUCCAAUACGUGACCGAGCGCUGUGGACUAUGUUUGGAGGAUAUAAAGCAAAUCCAACAGAACUUGACUCGGGCUGACCCCCAGAAGUAA